UCGAUAUAUCGAUCGAUCGAUCGAUCAUUUGCUUCGUCAAUUAUUUAUUGUGUCUACUUCGAUGUGAUUAUCGCGUAAAAAAAUCUAUGCGUAUCGUCGUCGUGUUUCCAAGAAAGUUCAUGUAAAUAUCCGCGAGAAUAGAGCGACUCUGCUCUAUUUUCGUACAGUGCAUCGUGCCGAAGGAAAGAGAGAGAGAGAGAGAGAGAGAAAUUCAACGCCAAGCUGCCUGGCCUCCGCUCGCAUUUUUCACGAUGAUACAAUCCGGGAGCUGAAAAAUGGCGGCCCAUGGCCAUUUCGAAUCCAUCUACUCGAUUGCGUAUGGCACGGACCAUGCCUCACUGGGUAUUGGCACAACAGCAGAAGGAUGCGGAGGAGCGGAAGGAACGAAUACCAACCCCACCGAAGGUACCACCACCGUCGCUCUCCGGAGACUGUGGUGACCCAGACUACGAGAUCAUCGAAUUCCCGAUCCGAGGAACACCCCAGAAAACGACACCAAUGUCGACCGACCUACCAUCCAUUACCAAGCACAGCAAAUGUGCCCUUUGCGGCACCGAGAACGUCUUUGCACGAUGCGACACCUGUAAAGAGAAUUAUUGCGAAGCAUGUGACGACAUGAAUCAUAAACAUCCCAAGAGAAAAGCUCACGUUAGACGGAGGAUCGUGACUGAAACUGCAGCAAAGAACAGACCACCUUUGCCACCAAAAGGUGAAAAUCUAGCUGGUCCACCUCCUGUACCACCACCGAGAAGAAAUCGCAAGAGCUCUCAGGCCAAACUCACGCAGAAUCAAGGAGGUACGAAUCGAUCAUUGAUCGAGAAACCGGGAAGUACGAAGCGUGAUGUUUCCAACGCUAGUGGAUCAUCGUCGACGACUAGGGAGACAAAUUUUCAAGGAUCGAAGAUUAACACCACGAUCGAAGGAUCGGGAUCGAGUACCGACAAGAUGUCUACCUUACAGGAAAGAUACAGGAGAUAUCAGGAAGCAAUGAGAGCCCAAGAUGCAAAUCGACGAAGACGUACACCAUCCGAUGCUUCGUCGAGAGAAACCGCAAGUCCCAGGCCAGUUAGCAUAGGGAGUUCUAAAGCGACGCCGCCUUUACCACCUCCACCACCUCCCAGAUCUAUAAUACAAUCGACCAGCGUGUGCGAUCUCUCGGCACCGCACAUGUGGAAUCUUGGAAUGCAUCAGGCUCAAUCGAUGGCACAGUUAGGUCCCGGUGGAAUGCCAAUGAUGUGGUACUCGCCGAACAAUCCCUGGGACGCGUCGAUGAGUGCUUCGACCUUGAGUUUAAAUCAUCCACCUUUAUGGGCAUACCCCAUGGGAUAUCAUCCGUCUCAAAUGUUACCACCGCAUUAUCCGGGAACUCUGUCGAGACCGCACAGUCCAGCGAGGAGUUUAAAGUCGAGCAGAAGGUCCAGGGCACCCUCGCCAUCUCCAAGUAUAAAAUCAAGAAAGUCUAUCGUCUCGAGAUCGAGAUCGAGAAUAUCCCCUGGAUCGCCUUCGGACGCUAGCUCCGAAGAUUCCGAGGAAUCUGACUUCGACGAUAGACUUUCUCGAGGAUCGAGAAGUAUCAGACGAGGUAGCGUUCCAAGAAGUAUCAGACAGAGAAGUUAUCAAGAUAACGAUGGUUCUAGGACUUUACUGUCUCGACCUCGUCGAGAGAGACUAACGUCGGAGGAUAGGAUGACCAGCACGGAGGAACAAUGGUCUGAAAAUCAAUCGACCAGACGGUACUCGAUGUCCUCGAGAGGUUACGAGGACUCUCGAAGGAACACGAUCGAUUCUCGUCUUCGGAACAUCGAAAAUGGAACUUACCAUGAUCAGCGACGCGAACGACGACGACGUAAAAGUACCGACGAGGAACUGUCCGAUCGAAAAUCUAAUCCAACAGCUAGAACAAGGAUCACCAGUUCCUCCGACGAUCAUUUCGAACGAACGGAGAAACGUUCGACGUUAUACGACGACGAAAUCCUUUCGUCGAAGAGACACUCUUUAAGAAACGAAGACGAUCCGAGGAGAUCCAUCUCGCAGAGAGCUUCGAGAAUGACUUUGGCAGAGUCGCAAAGACAAGCUCUGGAUUCUCGUGAUUCGACCUUGAAAAGAGAAACAGAAAACGAGUCGGAACGUCUUUCGUCGCGUUCUAUACGAAACGCUACGACGGACGUCGAUGAACUGCGAAAAAGGGAACAACGUAUUCAGGACCAAAAUAAUGUCUCGUCCAAGAGAAUAUCGUCCUUUAAGAGAGAGGACUCGUUGGAUCAGGCUGAACGAGCUUCGGUACAGCGCAGCUCUAGAAGGUCUUCCAUCGAAACGGAUACGAAUCAAAACUUUAAAAGAUUGUCUUCGCGCGAAAUGUCGCGAACGAAGGAGGACGACGAAAGGAUGCUAGCGAGGAAUAAGAAAGAAUCGAGCGUAGAUCGGGACUCUCAAAUAUCUCGAACUAACGAAUCCAUUCAAAUCAAAGAGAAGAAAACGAACGUGGAAGACAGCAAUGAGUCGUUCAAAGGAUCGAAAGAAAUGGUAAACGCGUUAAAGAAAAAUUCUCCUACGAAUAAAAAAGCUACGAUCGAAUUACCAGCUGACGAGUGGUCCUGCGAGCAUUGCACUUUCAUAAACAAAAUCACCGAACGCGUUUGCGUAAUCUGCUGCAAGACCAGAAGCAGUGCCCUACCUUCGAACGAGACGGAUGAUGCCGAUACCAACAUAGAAGAUAUUCAAACAAUCGAUAACGAUAACAAACAAGUGUCGGGUUCUACCGAGGAUCCUAAUCCCGAUUUGGAGAAGAAAACAAAUCUUUUGAAAAUCUCGAAUAGCGAAGAAAGUGGUGACAGUGGAUCGACAAAGAACAAAGGUAUAAGCCUAGCAGAAAGUUCGACAGAUAUGCAUGACGUUAAAUUAGCCGAAUCAUCGACUACGUCCGAGAGAAAAGACGAAGGAACUUUGACAUCCUCGACACUAACAUUAUCCUUAUCAAAGGGAACUAACCCUGAAGAUAUCGAUGAACUCGUAAAACGACCUGCGUUAUCUAAAUCCAAUGAGAGGAUCGAAGAAACUCGUAAAGUUUCAACCGGAACGUCUCCGCCACCGCAAAGUAUUUCCACCCAAACAUACGAUUUUCUUCCACGAGGAGGUAGUGGUUCCCUUCGUAGAUCGAUGUCAACAUCCAAAGGAUUUUUGUCUUACGAGGAUAGCGAGACAGAGGAACCAAAUAGAUUUACGAACAGUCCCGAUCUGUAUCCACGAACGAUACAAGAACAAUAUCUGCGGCAAGCGAUUUCAAGUCAGAGCAGAGAUCGAACUCGAAGAAAUUCCAUCGACUCCGCUCAUCUCUAUUAUCGCUCUAGGGAACCUAGCCAGCCUAGAUUCAUCGAAGCAGGUCCUAGUACCUCGACUCAAGGUGUAUCUACGUUGACUCGUCAAGGAUUAGAAAUCGUCGAGCUCUUGCGAGAAGCAGAGAGACAAGGAUAUUCGACUGACGACGUUCAGGUGGCUCUAGCACAGGGUGCGUCCAAUCCAAUAGAAUGGUUAAAGACACAAUGGCCUCGUUCGAUCGAGGCUGUUCAAAUCUUGGUAAGCACCCAAGGGAAAGAACAGAGAGAAAAUAAUAUCGGUGUCCUUUCUGUAAACGAAGCGAAGGAUGCUUUGAGGUCGGUCAAAGGUGACGUUUGGAAUGCUGUCACCAUUGCUACCCAACGUAGACAGCACAAGACCGCAGAAAUUCUAACAAAAGGCAAUUUUACAAUGGCUGAUGUUGUUAAAGCUCUCGAUAACAACGAUGGCAUCGUCGAUGCCGCUUUACUCGAGCUACAGAAAAAUCAACUGAAGCCGUUUUUAAUGAGGAUCUGGGGUCCUCCGGUCGGGGUUGAAAAUGAUGAUGCUGCACCACAAGGAGAUGCGGCUGGUAUAGUUGGUGGUGCAACAAGGAUUCUCGAACAGAUUACCACUGUAUCGGAUACGGAGGCGAAGAAGCAGGUAAUGUCACCAAUUAUUGACAAUUUCGUCGCAUUGCAGACCGACUUUAGAAAACAGCUGGCGGCACUAAGACAAAUGACUUAUAAUUGGGAAUACGAGAAAGACCCUCUAAACGACACUCGAGGUAAUAAUUCGGUUGAUUUACUCGGCAGCUCGAACGGCGAAGACCCAACGAUCGACGAAACCCUAUUGCCAAGAUCGGUAGAAAAUAUUCAUUCAAAUCGGACGGUCGAUGUAGAGAUUGAACAAACGAACAAAGUAGAAAAUACUAUGGACGAUAAGGAUAAUCAAUUAGAGAGUAGUAUAAUUGAAUCAAUAGAAAACAAACAAAAAAUUGACGAUACGAAUAUUAUAGAAAAUAAUGCAGGAUUAACGGUAAAGGAACAAUUGGAGAUCGAUGAAAAGGAUCGAUCGAUUGACGAAAAUAGGACAAAAGAAAUAAUUAGCAUCGAUGAAUCGUCGAAAAAAAUAGAAACUCGUGAUAAAGACGAUCGAAAUAAUAAUUCCAAAGAUAUUGCGACAGUAAAUUCGUACGAUGCAGUUGUUACGAAUGAGAAACAUUUCAAUUCUGAGACUGUUACGGUAACGGAGAAAUCCGAUGAUGAAGAUGUUACGAAAGGGAAUAAAGAAAUAACGAAUGAGAAUGAAGUAUCGAUGGGUGAAGAUGAAAUAACGCAGAAAGAGGAUAAAAGGCUCUUUCGUAACGAGACUUUGCCAGAGGAUAAAAAAAAUAGUUCUCAAGAGACCUCCCUUCAACAAGAUACAAAUAUAGUCGAGCAACCGGAUCUGAAAAUGCAUAAUGACACUACGGAUAGAACGAUAACAAGAAAAGUAAACGAGCGAAACAAGUCUCAGGUAGAAAAUUUAUUUAGGAACGAAGGUUCUUCCAUAAACGAGCAUGGUUUAGAAGUAAACGCUGUACCCCAGUCUAAGACGAUGGAGUUGCUAAUGUCUGCUGUUAGAUCCUUGCCGGAACAAAUGAUAGGACCUUUCGUAACGGCUAUGAAAAUGUUAUCGCCUAAAUUAACGACGAUCGAUACCGAUACCGAUGUAAAUGAAAACGAUAUCGAUGAAAAUUAUUCCAACCCUGCCUCCACUCCUCAUCCUGUUCAUUCCGAGUCAAUGAUCGGAGAAAAGGAGGUAGAAAAUAAUAAUGUAAAUGAUCGACCGAUCGAUAUAUCUGCAUUAGAUAAAAACGAAGUUAAGGAUACAAUCUCUGAAUUUAUCGAUGAAAAUAAAGAAAGUACUACGAUCGAUAGGGCUCAAGAAGAAACAGAAAUCGAACAACCACCUAGGGUCGUGCCUGAUAAAGAACAUGAAAAUAAAAAUAUAUCGAAGCCGGAUAACGUCAAUGUGAAAUUCGAAGCGAAGGAUUUGACGGAUCAACAGAAGGACUUCCGAGCGGUAGAAUCGAAUAUUAAUGACAUCUCGGCUGGUAUUAUCGAAAUAAACAUAUCCGAAUCUCCGAUUAUAGCUGUAAACGAUUGCGCUCCGGUCAAAGAAGUAGAAAAAAUUGAUUCUGUAUUGGAAACCAAAAAGAAAAUUGUUGAUAAGAUUAACGAGAAACCGAUUGACGAUUUAAAUGUUAACAUUUUCAAAAAGGUUAAAUCUAGCGACGUUGAUAAAAUCGAAACGAAUUUAAUUGAACCAAUUGGUACAAUGAAACUAACGAGAGGAGAUAUUAUUAAAGAACGAUCUAAAUCGCCGGUAAAAAAAGUAAGUAGAAGGAAAUCGCCAGUUAAGAUCAUAAAGAGAGCUAAUACGCUUCUACCUAAGAAGGUCUCGACAAAAAUUAACGUCCUUCCGAGAACUACCGCUCUCGUGAAAGCGAGAAACGCAGCUGUUGAAAUAAUGAAGAAACCGAUCGCUUUGAAAAGUAUUACACGGAUCGAAGACACGCGAUCGAAAGGAUCUAUCGAACAAAUUGAAGACGUUCGUAUUAAGAAAUCGGAGAAUACAAUAAAACCGAUAAAAACUACGAUCGAUAAUGAAAAGAGAUCUGCGAGCUCUAUGGAUCAAAGAUCGAUCGAAUCGACUUUUGAACGAUCGAAAAAAACGACGGAUAUUAAGAACGAAAAAGUUGAAUCUGAAAGAGAUCAGAGUGUCGAUAAAAACAAAUCUAAAAUCAAAUUCAUUUCGAAAAUUCCUAUUUUAACUGCGCGAUGCAAAACGUCUUCUAAAAUCGUACAAGCUACAGCAUCGAAGGAUAAACCAGUAAAAAUAAAUAAAAUAAUAUUGGGAUCUGUGCCAACGAGAUUACCUGUUGCGAGACAAACCAUUUUAAAGACAAAUCUGAAAGCUACGAAGAUACCGAAUAUUUCAGAAAACGUAAAAGAAAAAGAAAUCGUCGUUAGAAAAGAAAAAGAAUCGAUUACGAUCGGUCGAACGGCGGAUAAGGUCGAUGACAAAAAAGUUGACAAUGAUAACGAUGGAUUUAAUUGUCGAACGGAGAAAGAAAAAUUAGAAAGCAACUUAGAAACUUUAGAAAUCAAAACUGAAGUAGAACGAUCUAAUAACAGUGAUGACGACGGAUCAAGUUCGGAGCACGAUGACGAAGAAGAUGAACAAGAUGAAGAAGAAGAAGAAGAAGAAGAAGAAGAGGAAGAAGAAGAAAAAGAAGUUUCAGACGUCGAAGAAUCAAGUUCGGUUUUCGAUAGUUCCUCGGAAUCAGAAAAUUUUACCGUGCUAAUGAGAGAAGUUCCUAAGUCUAGCUCGGAUAAAAGUAACUCUGUCGAGAGUCUGCUUACCGUUGAAGAUCAAAUAGAAAAGACGUUGCAGGCUAUAAGAGCCGAAUUGUCAAAUUACGAGUCUGACGAAUUAGAGGAGAACGAAGAUUUGAAACCCGAUGAGAAAGAUGCAAAAGACGAUACAGAAAAUGAAGAUUCGUCGUCUCUGAGCGAUGAAAUAUUCGAGGAAGCAAUAUGUGGUGGGGAAGAGUCCAUUGACAUUAAUAUCACCAAGAUGGACGAAAUAGAAAUUAUUCAAAAUGAUCUUGAAAUAAAAACUCCGGAAGAUUCGUCGAUCGUAUCGAAUCUUGAAGAAACGAUGGUAGAAAAACAAAUAUCAAAAGAUUCUAAUAAUAAAAUAUCGAAAAAUAACUCUGUGAACGACGAUGUUAAUAAACAUAGUAGAGUCAAUGAACAGAGUAAAGUCAAUGAAAUAUUUAAGAAAAAUACGAGUAAGAUCGCAAAAUUAGAAAAAAGAAAUUUACAUGAGGGUAAUACGAAAGAUGUAAAAAUGAUACAAAGCGUUAGAGUGUUACGAGAGGUCGAGACAAAUGAUAAAAACAAGAGAAAAAAAGAUAAGGAAGAUCCACGAGUUACGCAGAGUAAACGAUUUUCUUUAGUAGCCAGUUGUAUUCGUCGAUUCGAGGGUGAAGAUAAAACAGAAAGGAAACGUAAUGAAGUUGAAAAUGUCAACGCUACGAGAAGAGAGGGAUCUCCCAAAACGGAAAGGGAGAGAACGGCACGUAGAUUGUUAGCGGAGGGACGUGCAUCGAAUUACGAAGAGGCCGAAGUAGCUGCCAGUUUAUUAGCUCUCAAAUUCGGAGAUGCAGAAGCUAUUCAUGCCGCUAAGGAAUGUGGUAGUGUCGAGUCGGCUCUUGCAUUUUUACAACAAGAAUGCGAACUUUGUACCGGACGUUAUGCGAUGAGUCAGAUGAUAUCAAUGUUGAAAUGUACACAUCGCUGUUGUAACGAGUGUGCCAAAAAUUAUUUCACCAUUCAGAUAAGCGAUAGAAAUAUCAUAGACGCUGUAUGUCCGUUUUGCAAAGAGCCUAAUCUGAGGGAUGCGAACGAAGACGACGUUCUAGAAUAUUUUAGUAAUCUAGACAUUCAAUUAAAAUCACUUUUGGAUUCUCCUAUUCACGAACUCUUUCAAAGAAAACUAAGAGAUCGGACUCUUAUGCAAGAUCCUAAUUUUAAAUGGUGCAUUCAGUGCUCGAGUGGUUUUUACGCGGACCCGGAACACAAGAGACUGAUCUGUCCUGACUGCAGAUCUAUAACGUGUGCCUUUUGUCGAAAGCCUUGGGAGAAACAACACGAAGGUAUAACUUGCGAACAAUUCGCAGCUUGGAAAGAUGAAAACGAUCCAGACAAUCAAGCUGCUGGUUUAGCGAAACAUUUGGCCGACAAUGGUAUUGAUUGUCCCAAGUGUAAAUUCCGAUAUUCUUUAUCUCGAGGAGGUUGCAUGCAUUUUACCUGCAGUCAAUGCAAAUUUGAAUUUUGUUGUGGUUGUGGUAAAGCCUUUCUUAUGGGCGCUAAAUGCUCGAUUAGUCCGUACUGCGCAAAAUUAGGCCUUCACGCUCAUCAUCCGCGCAAUUGUCUCUUUUAUCUUCGCGACAAGGAACCCGCGCAAUUACAACAAUUACUCAAGGAGAACGACAUUGAGUACGAUACGGAAGGGCCAAUAGGUGAAAGGAAAUGUAAAGUUCAAUUGCAAAAGGAAACCCCAGCGGGUGUUGUCGAUGCGAUUUGCAAUUCGGACGUCGUCGAGGGACAAGCUGGUUUAUGCAGGAUUCAUUACGUCGAGUAUCUUGUUCGAAAGAUACGUUCUACGCAGUUGGAACCUCUUCCGCUGUUGAAUAUAGAUGAUCUCGAGACUUGCGUUAAACGAAGCGGCUUAAAACUACCUCCAAAUUGGCAGCACUACAUUGAAUACUUGGCGGGCCUGGUACUCAAAAGCAAGCUGGACCCUGUGGCUAUCUUUGACUUGAACGACGCCAAGCAAGAGUUGCGCCGACGGGGAAAAGUUCCCCCUGCGAAGGACCAGGAAAUGUCCGAGCGGGAUUAUCUCCAGGCGUGUAUUCAGAUUGUACAAAAGGAAAUUCCACUGGAAUAAUAGGAAAUAAACACGUGAGAAACCUUCAA